AAGAAAACGUCUAGGACCAGCCUACUAGUAAAGAUAUAAAGAAAUGGAAAGAAGACGUAAGAUAGAUGAAUCAGGAGGAUGGAUAUUCACUCGAAUGCAACAUCGGGCCUCACCUUUAUACGACAGCGGACACAACCUAUGAGUCAAGCACUCAAGACAACCGCUGAAGCUGUCCGCUCUUGCGGCACUCGUCGAGGGCGCAAGAGGGCGUUGGAAAAAACAAUUUAAAAGUAUCAACUUUCGACCUUGCGUGCGCGCCGCAGCUUCCCCUGCCAAGAGGGUCGUGGUGAGAGCCUGGACGGUUCACGCUGUGCUUGCGUCCGGUCCGACACUCGACACUCGACGCGCACGUCGGCUCGGCACCCACGAGCGCCUCUCAUCCCAAGUGGCGGUAGCGGCAAGUGUCGACGCCAAACGCCAUCGUUGACUGGGCGACGUUACACAGCCGGGAAGAAGGUGACGGGCAUCGCAAUGGCUGCGCUCCAACCCUUCUUUGCUGCUGCUCUAACCAGCGGCGCUCACCGUACUGCCCACAGGAUUCGCUUGACAGCAACAGAGAGCAAGAAAGCAAAGAUGGGUUUGAACUUCACUCUCACCAGUGCCGAUGUACAAGAUCAAGCGCAGCCAAGUCUGCAGCAAGGUCUAGCCAGAUUCAGUCUGGGCGUACACGUAGCGCACGACGCCGUUUUGAGAUUAUUAGAGGUGGUGUAAGAUC